AUGGGACUCGGAUUCGUCCUCUACAUGUUCGUAUCCCGGGAUAGGGCCGUGGUUUGGGGGGGGGGCAGAGGGUGUUCCAGUGGGGCCGUGUGGGAGCCCUCUCAGCUGGUCUGCCACCGGAGAGUGAUUAAAAAGUGCUGGAAAAUGGAGAUUAAGCUGGAAGUUGUUUUGUCUUCAAACAUCAAACGCAGGAAACCAUGGCCAAGGUUCUGUUGGCUUGGACAGGAGAAGGAGUCCGUGUUCCUCUUGGAUGACCACAGAAUCAGCGAAAUCAACCUGUCCUCAGGACGCACUAAGAAAAGAACUCCCAAACUGCAGCCGCUUCUCAACAGUGCAGUAACGAUGGCGUCAUCAAGCAAUGGCGUGUGGCUUGCUGGACUCCUAAAACCUGGGAUAAUAUUCCUGUGGAAUAGAGAUAAAGACGUUCUGAAAACAACUGCAGCUGUCUCUGAAGUUGCUGAUUUCAUAUCCUCGAUUCAAGGAAGUGCCUCCAAACUGUCUCUCCAAGUAUCAGGAGAUGCCAAACGUGUGCUGCUGGUGGCUGUAACAGGACAGGUGUUCCUCUGGCAGUGCACAGACGCCAAAGACCUGAUGUGGCUCAGAGACGGCACAGUGAGAGGAGACUGGACCCACAUCCACUCCUCUGAUGACACACAACUGCCAACGUCACACGACAAAGAAGCCUCUGCGCACACACUGUUUGUUCAGACAGAGGUCACAGGCGACAUCUGUUUGUCCACAUUUAUGUUUACGUCCGGAAAAAACCUCGUCAUAUCUUUUCUCAAAAUCACAUGGGGCGAGAAUCAAGAGAAAUCUGGUUCUGUCAGCUUCAGUGUGACGUGGGUCUCCAGAACGUUCUCCAUGGCGGAUCUCAGACCUCCGUGUCGACCCGUGAAGUCCAGAGGGGCCUUAGUCUCCGCCCUCUCUCCUGAUGGACAACUGCUCGCUGUCGUUUUAAACCAGAGACAACCACAGGCCACGCAAGUUCUAUUUGUCAGCACUAUUAAUUUUGUGUCAAUCCCAAGUCGCCUUGGAGGCUGUGGAUGUAAGAAAAAGGAAAUUCCAUCAAAAUACAUAAGGUCGUACUGGGUGGGUUCUGUGAGCUGGUCUCAGAGUGGUCUGUUUCUGGCCUGUGUUUUGAAAAGAGGUUCUCUCUUGAUGUUGGCUCGAGUUGGAGGACUCCUGACUCUGUCCACCUCCGGCUGCAACGUAGACUUUGGACCUGCUCAUUUCCUCCCUCUGCAUCCACUGGUUACUUACAGGCCUCCGUCGACCUCAGCCAAAGGAGAAGCGUCUCUGUCCAGCUCCAGCUUGUCUCGGCGAGAUGUGAUGAGGCAACGGUAUUCGGUCACCUGGCACCCGCGACUUUUUUACUUCAUUGUUUCCGACGGGUACAUGGCAACGGUUGUCAGGGUGGUCGACAAAGUUUCACCCACUCAGCUGCUGAUCACUCUCCUGAAGGAAACGACUGUGGAUCUGGACAGGGCCAGUCAGUUACUGGAUGAUGCACAGAGCGUAUACGAGGAGUGGACUGACUGUGACAUCACCACAGUAUUAAACAGGGGAAAAUGCGUUGCUAAGACGGUUGCUAAGAAACAUGUGAAGGUGUGGUUGGAUUCAGUGUCCUCUCUGAAUAUGGAACAAAACCUUCUGGAGUUAAAUCCAAUCGACAGACCUACGAGCUCACACAUCCCUGCUGCUGCUGACCGAUCCUCUUUGCCCUUCUUCCUACAAGAUCAUGGAACAAUGGGAAACCCCAGAGAUCUCUUGAGUUUCUUUGAGGAGGAUUCGGACGUGGAGGGGGUCCCUCUGGGGUCCCAUGCAGAGAAGGGCGGUCGGCUGGAGUUUGCCUCGAUGUUUGAUACUCUUCAUGCCUUGACAACACAAUACGAACAGUGUCUAGAGUCAGAUUCUGAACGUGGUUCACGCGUUGGAAUCAAAUGGACUGGUUGUGACUUUGAGAAGACCCAGAGCAGACUGUUAUCUGUCUGGGCGUUUGCGGCGUCUGUGGGACACAAACCUUCUCUCCUGAAACAUGCCGUGAAGUGUACUCUCCGUUUCACUGCUUUGCUGCAGCUCAGAUCUCUGGAACAUACAGAAAACCAACACAAUCACAUGUUGGACUUCCUCAAGAAGGUUCUCCACUUUACUCCAUGGCACAGAGCCAACUCAGAAGGACCACAGUUUGUCGGGAUCAUGGUGGAUCUUUGUAAACGUCUGGUUGAACUCGUGCUGACUCCUUACUCCGACUCUGACUCGACUCAUAGCUUUAAGAUAUUGUCCCACGGUCUCUCCACAGCGCUGCAAAUACUUGACAUGUUUUCUCAGUCUCUGGAUAAAUGCUACACUCUGCAGCAGAGAAGCGUCUGCAUCUCUGUGGGAGAGGAUCCUUCUGAAGCGCUUCAGCUCUCAGAUCUACACUGUGUGUCGCUGCUGCAACCUGCAACACACACACACUGUGCGUCUCCUGCUCCUGUACCAUCCCGAAGGUUCCACAACAUCUGGAGAUGGCUUUACACAGUGUGUCAAAAGUACAUGAAGGAUUUGGAAAACUUUAAAGAUUGUGAAAACUGGGAACAGGAAAAAGAGCAGUCGGUGAUUAUGAUGUGUGAGAUUCAAACUCAGAUACAAUCGACAGGAGAGAGACUGGAGGAGCACGACAGACUCUUGGACUGUACAGGGGAGAAUCUCUUUCUGUCCGGCUUCUACUCAGAAAGUUCAGACGUUUGGUAUUCACAGCUGAUGGAGAUGACCCAAAACGGUGCUAAGCGCUCUGUGUUCCAGGAAAAGCGCCUCUGUUUGGCACUUUUAUACAGUCUUCUCUCUCAGUACAAUCUAAAGCAAGCUCAGGAGUUGGGAGACCACAUGUCCUUCCUCAUACUGCGAUCCACUGGGAAUCAGGAAGAAUCCCUUCAAUGCAAGUGGCUUCCAGACGCCGUCAGCGCAGACGCAGCUUACGCAGUGGUUCAGACUCUGGGGAGAUUCAUGGCUUCUUACUUCAGCAACCAGAGCCUUCACAUACUGCCUCCCCACAAUGUCAAUGUCCUCCCACCAAUACAUACGCCCCAUGCCUCCAGUGCGGGUCGUCUGGUGCCUCUGUGUCAGGGAAAGGUCACUCAGGCGGUGAGGCAGCAGCAGCUCUCACAGAUCUGGACGGUGGAGUUUGCCCAGGACCUGCUGCUGCUGGGGGGACUCUUUCCUGAGGCGGUGUGGUUGGCUUCUCACGUAGGAGACUGGAAAGCAGCAGUGUCACUGAGCCAGGGAUAUCUAUGCUACUGCAAUCAGCAUUUUGACUUCACCGGUUUGGGAAAAAGAGAACUACAUCUUCCGAAAGAUUUAGAACCAGCGAGCAUUCUUCAAGCUGAACUCACUGGUCUUUUAGGCAACGGAGACGCCAAGGAACAAAUAGGAACAAAUGCAAACCAAAGUUUUUCAGACCCUGUGGGAGAAGAAGACUGGGGUGUACUGCAUGGAUCAGUGCAGGACAUUCUGAAGGCGUCUGUUAUGGCCCAAGUGGAUGCAGUGUCUUCUUCUUUAUCUUUUCUUAUGGACAAAGCCAAAGACCUAAGUUCAUGUUUGACCGUGAUGGUUCCCACAGAACUGUAUCUCCCAGCUCCUCCCCUCUACUGCCCCCAGCCCUCGCCAAACACUCAGGACCCAGCGGGCUCAUUAGGGCACCACACUGAAGUUUCCUCUCGCCACAAAAUAUCAGAAGUCGUUCAAAAGUUACUGCUGCUUCUGCGAGCUGCUAAUUGUUGCACUUCAGCCGCACAGUGGUAUCUGAGCAAACUGCGACGGACCAGACACGUCCUGUUCAAGAUGAAGAAGAAAUAUUGCUGUCCCGAUGCAAGUCAAGAAGAGAAGUCCUUUCCAGAGGGUCUCCUGAAGUUCCUCAACAGGAGUGGGCACUUCAAAUGGGGACCUACAAAGACCGUGGACCAGAGCACAAUCCAGACCAUGAACUGUUUCAGAGAGCUGUGUGGUCUCUGCUGGAUGCUCCACGUCAGGGACCAGCUCUCCUUGUCCUGUAGGAAGUACCAGGUGGUGCGACAGAAAACCAGAGACGACCAGGAGGAUGUGGAGUCGAGAGCUGCUGCUGCUGAUGCUCUGCUCUGGGCUCGACGGCUUCUCCCCUUUUCUCGGUUCCUAAACUGCGAAGAAACCAUUCAGGACACCAUUCUCAGUCUGUUGUCUGAGCUGCCUCCGGUGUCAUUGGUGGCAGACACUCUGGCGCUGUCUUUCCCAAAGGAAGAGGAAUCGGUUCGUGUCUCUUUGAGAGGGAAGUACAACACGAUCCUGCGGACUUUAACGGGCUCUAGUGUCGUUGAGGACGGAGAGGAACCCGGGAGGACCAUGAUGCUUCUCAUUCAGGACAAACUCAGACUCCGGAGGAAACACUUUGGUCGUUUGCGGCGGCACUUGUUCCCGCUGGAAACACACCUGUGGCAAAAGGAGACGGAGGAGGAGGAGCAGCAGGAGACUCGAGGCAAACAUGGGACGUCCCGGUCCAAAGAUCUGAGCCCGAGCACCAUGAGCAACUGUGGCCUGGUCCCUGUGCUCAGUGACGCAGACUCCCCAGGCCCUCCAGUCUCCCCUCGUCUACAGACCAAAACAUCCAGGACUAAAAAAACGUCUAAGAAACGAGACAGAGACCGCAGAAAUGUGAAGUCUACCAUAAAGCGGGUUAAAAAAGAGCGCCCAUCCGGUGUUGCCAGAUCAGCUGUAAAACCAGGUCCCCUCCCUCCUGUUGGAUCUUGGGAGUUUGAGCUGGAGGAUGAAGAGUAUUUGAACUUCUUAGAGCUCUUCCUCGGUUACCUUUUGGAGAAGGACAGUCCGGACACUAACGAGUUCCCUCUGCUGAGAGACUUCUCCCACGAGCUGAGAGAAAAGGAGCUGCACUCUUUAGCUUUCGACGUUUUAACGACUUUGAAUCGACGUCAGAGAGAUGGGCACCCACCAGAACGCAGAGGGAAGAACUCCGAGCAUUGCUUUUUCAGGGCAGGUUCUUGCUUCAGGCCCAUUACCCAAGAUGCAUCACUGAACUCAGCUGUGUGUAGCCAGUCUUUACUAAGAAACUCAUCUUCUGCAUUAGCUCCUCUGGCUACAGCAGCGAGCUCACACAAAGGUUUGUUCAGUCGUUUGAAGAGACGGAGAGAACGUUCACAAACAGGUUCUGGGUCCAGUCCCGUGAGAACCACUGAGAGCCUGAGGUUCUGCUCCGUGGUGCCUGUGGUGGAGCUGCUGCAGGAUCUAAACGCUGAGUUCGAGGCUCGCUUCCCGGAGCUGGGCCGGCUGCUGGAGUGGAUGAUGCGCUGGGCGGAUAGAAGGCGACCUCUGGGGAAGAGUCGAGGAGAAACGAACGCCGACGGAGUGGUCCUGCGCCUCAAAGCCACGACGCCGGCGGUCCUCACGUCGCUCUGGUUGAUGGAGCAGAGAUACUCGGAUACUCGGAUCGGGACGGAUCUGAACAGGACUCAGGGGCAUCGACCACAAACACAGUGGGUCGUGGCUCCGGUGCUGCAGAUACGGACAGGACAGAAAGUGGAACAGGGAAGCAGCAGCAAUACAGGCUCUCCAGUGCGGACUAAUACUACAGCUGCAGCUCUUCACUCCAAUACUAGAGCUCCAGCUCUUCACUCGGAUACUACAGCUGCAGCUCUUCACUCCGAUACUACAGCUGCAGCUCUUCACUCCGAUGCUACAGCUGCAGCUCUUCACUCCGAUGCUACAGCUGCAGCUCUUCACUCCGAUACUACAGCUGCAGCUCUUCACUCCGAUGCUACAGCUGCAGCUCUUCACUCCGAUGCUACAGCUGCAGUCCUUCACUCCGAUACUACAGCUCCUCACUCCAAUACUACAACUACAGCUCUGCGAUCAACUAUAGAGACAAUUUUUGAAGACCAUCGAGCACAUGCACCAGAUCCUCCUCAUCCAGAUUCUACCUCAAGAGCAUCACCCUCACUUCCUGAACAUGUGAAUCUUACACCAGAUGUAGAUGACACAGACAGAUUUUCUUCCACUUCUAGUGACGCUGAUACUCCCGGAGCUAGUUUUAAGCUUGAAGAUCUUCACAUUUCUCCGAAUCAUACAACGUCUGCAAUUUUGAAGCCAAAGAGUCCUCCCCACAUGGUCACAGAUGAGAGAGUUGUUGAUGAUGGUUGUCCAAAUCUGCAGUCCUCAAGUUCUGGUCCAGAUGCAGCACACUUGGGGCCUUCACCUGCUGCUCCUUCAGGGCCUUGGGGUCCUUCUGAUGCUCAGACCCCACAGAUGAGACAGAGACUGGGGGCAGACUUGUACCGAUUGGUUCAGAACAUUAACUACGUGAGCCUGAUGGAAGUUCUGGGAGCCUCGUUUUCUAAUCUACAACUUGUGCAGCAGCAGAACGCCUCUUUGGCCCAAUCCAAUUUAAAUACAUCAGGGUUAAAUAUCCCUCCUCCCCCAACUGCACCACCUUUCCCCCCUUCUCACAGUCAACCACACCCUCCAGAGCAGGUUACCUUCAACUCUACAGAGAUCCAACAUGGCGUCCACAGGAACCCCCCCAGCACUCCGUCCGUGGCCUACUCCAACGCCUCUGUGGUGACUGGCACUCGAGAGAUGGCUCAGCUUUACAUUCAAGCCGGAUCACCUACUCUGCCUCCUCCAGCCGCCUCAUGGAUGUCCGGUCAGACCAGUCCUCAGCUGCAGCUGCUGAAGGACGACUCUCAAAGAGACUCAGUUCAUCACGACUCAGUAAAGAGACAGAAGAGAAGAGAGAAACUGAGGAAAGAAGAGACUGAGGUGACAUUCCGUCCAAACGAUUCCAUUAUCCCACAAGAGGCGACAGACGAUCCACAGAGAGACCAACUCAGAUCUGAGACCGAGCAGGACCAUCCCUCUCCACCAGGGGGCAGCAAACAGCCUCUUCUGUCUGGAGCAGAGUUAUUGGAGAAGUAUUCUUCCACCUCUGCAGAGCUGCAUGUGUUUGCAUUGACGUGUAGGAGCCCUCCUCAAACUCACGAUGCUUUCACCAACACAGAUCCAGAUCCAUCUCUUCAUGAAGAAGUAGUUUCUUCUGACGUGGGAACAGAACCCCAAGGUCUGAGUGAGCAGCACACGGCCCCCAAAUCUCCUGUUCGGGAUCAGCUGACGAAGACCACCAAUCUUGAUCUCGAUGGGCGUCAGUUUGUCAGCGUCGUGGAUCUCGAGGAUGAGUCUCGACACCAGGAUCUGCCUCUGUGUCCGAGUCUCCGGUCUGCUCUCUGCACUGACGCCACCACAGCCGAGCUUCACGUCAGAGCGACCAGAGUGCUUCAGAACGCUGCUGAUUCUCAAACCAAGGACACGAUUCACGCCCGAAGCACCACACCAGAAAUCCACAGUGAAGCGUCUGUGUCGCACCAUCCGUUGGUGUUGGAGGUUCAUGGAGAAGAUUCAGCUGCAGAAUCGUCAACAGAAAUCACCAGAACCAUAAGGACACUGCCCCUCCUCAGCCGCAGUGAGACCUCCUCACAGCCCACAGUCUGGUUCUCCUCACAGAUGUCCCAGCUGGACUCUCAGCUGACCAGUCUGCAGCGUGUAGCAGACUCUCUGGAGUCAGACCUCUCCAAGUCGAGAAUGUUGGUGAACUCUGCGGGAAACCUCACACACGUCUCUACCUCUGAAAAGAAGCCGAGCACAGGAGUGAAGAAGACGGUGCGACUAUUUGCUCCUCUUGAAAGGCAGACACCGCCACAUGGUACGACACUGCCACAUGGUACGAAACCAGAGCUGAGUCCGAGUGAGGCGAGUCGUCCUCAAACAGCAGGGAGACUCCAGGACACAUCUGAACUCUCCAAUCUCUCUGAUCUUUUGGGCGACGAAACCCUAGAGGAGGCGGGACUAUGUGACACCGCUGAAAUCCUAGAGCAGUUGGUGCGAGAAGGGUUUCUGUCUCCGUCUGACCUGGACUUCAACACAACAGACCAGAGCAGGCAGGAAGUGGAGGAAAAGGCACAAAUGUGGAAACGACGUGAUCAGCCCCAGAACGACAGGCAAGAGCUCAAGGGUUGGAUGAGGAGGAAGCAGCGGGAAAGACUCGCAGUUUAUCAGAAGCAUCGACAAAACCUGAGGGAGCGGGAGCACAGACCGUUCUCCUCCAAUCACACGGCUAAACGUGUAAAUAAAAACACAGACGUGAAGUGGAACCGAGAUUCAGCUCGUGUGUUGGAGCACUAUAACCAGAGAACCAUAGAGGCCUGUUCUUUGGCCGAUGGUCUCUCUGCCGGUGCCUCGACAACACUCGGCUUCUGCGACACUUCGAGGACAUUCACCGCCCGCUCCUCGGCUCUUCCCUUCGAUCGCACUUUCAGGAUCCAAAACACAACCUCGAAUAAGAAUUCUUUGGAAAACCCUCGCCCCGUUCUCUCAGACCAGUACCAUAAGCGGCUGGGUAUCGACAGACCAGUGACGUCUUUGCCCAGAGACCGUCUCUCGCAGGUGACCCGGCGGGGAAUGGUGACGUGUCCCAAAUCAAGUCCCACGUCCGGCGCAGGAGACGACAGAAGGAAAAGGAAAAGUCUGUGGGAGAGAGAGUAUCCAGCUGAGACAGACGGAGGCAGAGAGGUUGUUGGAGGACUUGAUGUUGAAGAAGAGGAGGAGGAGGAUGAUGAAGCAGUGCAGUGGGACUGGUUGGAUAAUCUUUCAGAGACUGGAAGCAACAUCAGCAGAAUUGACUGGGCUGCAAUCGAGAAGAUGGUGGCAGAAGAAACUUAA